AUGGAGGUGAAGGAGGUCAGCCCCAUGUCAGCAGCCAACAUCUCUAUCGCUGCUAAGGAGCAGCAGAGAGCCAAUAAGAUAAUGUCAGUGUGGGAGCAGCGCACCAACCAACUGCGUCGAAACAACCGGCGAGCCAGCUCCGAGGCUCUGUUCAACGAGCUGGACCCCGAGGAGCGUCUGCGGGUCUCUUCCACCCUCCACCUGCGUUCCGACAUGAAGACCCACAACGACCGCCCCCUAGUGGUGGAGCCAGGUAACGGGGACAAUCCCCGACCCCCCGAGGAGGACAGAGACGGAGCAGACCCCCAGCAAGAGGGUGGAGACCCCCACGGUCCACAGCCACGCAAGCACUACCGUCACCGGGAGAGGAACGGGGAGAAUGGGGAGAGCAGGCAUCACACCCACCACAGCCGCAGUAGGGACCACUGCCACCCAGACGGGCCCCGAUCCAAAGAGGGCAAGGUGGAGAGGAACCAUAGUCGAGAGGGGGGGCAGGGCCACAGGCACCAUCACCAGGCUGAAUCCCCAGAGGAGGGGGUUAACGGAGGGGGAGAGGGAAGGGAAUACCGCCACCACCACUCCGACAGACAGGGGAACCGGGCCCUGGCUACCAGGGACAGACUGGAGAGCAGGGGCCGGGGCCACAGGGAGGAGAACGGAGAAAGGAGGAAGCACCGCUCACGCAUAGUCAGGGCCCAGUCAACACUGGAUGGAGACGAGUGUAGAGAGAAUGGAGAGAGAAAUGGAGACAGGGACCAAGGACACAGGGACAGGCAGACCGACUCUCAAGGGGAGAGCUUGGCCACCAGUCCUGUGCAGCCUCCUGCAGGUCUGCAGGCUGGAGAGAAGCAAGAGGAUGCUGACAACCAGAAGAACAGCCACAGAGCCAGCCAGGCAGGCCUGAACAGCAACACUGUCCACAUCCCUGUCACCAUCACCGCCCCAUCCAGAGAGACCACCAUCAUACCCAGUCAGUACCCUAUGGAUAACAUAGACUGUGAGAACCUCCCCCUGAACGAGGAGAAGAAGGACAUGGAGGAGGAGCUGAAGAACGGCCCCAAACACAUUCUCCCCUACAGCUCCAUGUUUGUGUUUGGACAGACCAACCCGGUGCGUCGGCUGUGCCACUACGUGGUGAACCUGCGUUACUUUGAGAUGUGUAUCCUGUCGGUCAUCACCAUGAGCAGCAUAGCCCUGGCUGCUGAAGACCCUGUGCAGGCCAAUGCACCACGCAACAACGUGCUCAAGUAUCUGGACUACGUCUUCACAGGAGUGUUCACCUUUGAGAUGGUGAUUAAGAUGAUAGACCUGGGACUGCUCCUUCAUCCUGGUUCUUACUUCCGGGACCUGUGGAACAUCCUGGACUUUAUUGUGGUCAGUGGAGCUCUGGUGGCGUUCGCCUGCUCAGGAACUAAAGGCAAGGACAUCAACACCAUCAAGUCUCUCAGGGUGCUGCGAGUUCUAAGGCCUCUGAAGACCAUCAAACGACUGCCAAAACUCAAGGACUAG